AUGGGCAUUGAGAACGGCGGCAGCGGCGGCGGGCCGCCGCUCGCCCGCCGUCCUUUCAAGCUGGCCACCGCCGCCCCGCCCACCAUGCUGCUGCGCAACCUGGCGAUCGCUGCCUCCGUGGCGCUGCUGGUUGCCACGCUGGUGGUGGUGAUCCCCAGCACAGGCAUGUCUGGGGUGGUGGGCUCUGCCUCCCACUACCUCACCACAGCCUCCCUCUACGUCUCAUCCGCCUCGGCGCAGCUCAACAGCCUGGCCGCCGGCGCAGCCACCAACGGCAGCAGCGCCGAGGGCGGCGCAACGCCGGGGGCCGACGGUGGCAGCAGUAGCGGCGACGCCGGGGCGGAUGCCGAGGGUGGCGGGGGCGAGACGCCUGACGAGGCCGCCGAGGGAGAUGGCGGCGAUGGCGGCGGCGUCGACGGCGAGGGCGUCGACCCCGACCUGCCGUGCCGGGAGAGCGGCUACUGCAGCGUGGGCAAGUUGCAGGCGUAUGUGGGGGAGGUGGACAGCACAGAGGGCUUCAAGGCCAUGCUCAAGGCCAGCUGCUACAAGAAGGAAUGCAUCAUGCUGACCAUCGGCACAGGCGGCCACACCCUUGGCAUGAAUUUCAUUGCGGGGGCCUGGAAGCUGGGCCUUGCCAACGUCAUGCUGCACGCCCGGGGCAACGAGUCGUGCGCCGUGCUGACGGCUGCGGGGUACAACAACGUCACCUGUGUGUGGUCUGACAGGGACUGGUUCCCUGUGAAGAACGGCAAGUGGCACAUCUUCGAAGCAGAGGAGCUGUGGGCGGUGCGCUACAUCCUCAUGGCCCGGGCCGUCUGGCACGGCUACAACGUGUGGCUGCUGGAUACCGACACGUACCUGUACCGAGAUCCGUACAAGUAUCUCACGGUGCCACCGUUCAAGGACAUCCCCUGGAUGUCGCUGCAAGACGGCGGCAACAUCGUCAACGGCGGCUCCUCCUACAUCCACAAUGCUGCUCCAGGGGGCCCCGCCGCCUGGACCAUCGCCCGCAUGUGUGAGCACAUGAUCCGCCUGAACGAGCAGUUUGUGCUGUCCGACAUCAUUGCCGGCAACUACCUGCGCCACCCGUACAUCCGCUUCACCAUGUGGACCGCUCCCGAGCUGGACCCGGAUGUGGAGUCUGGCGUGCGGUACCAUGAGCCGGGGGUGGUACUGCGCUACCCUCCCGAGUGGCAAGAGCUGACCCAGGCAUCCGAGUCUAAAGUGCUGGGGUUCAACCUCACCAUACCGUACCUCAACGGCACGUGGAAUGAGAGCAUCGCCGGCAAGCGCUUCCCGCCCCGCCUCAACUACUCAGAGGCUUUCAUCAAGAUGUUGGAGGAGGAGAGCGGCGGGGUCAAGUAUGCAGACUGGGAGGGGUCGCCCCCCGAGGGCUAUGUCGUCCCGCAGAACGAGACUUUCAUCUUCACCCCAGAGUGGCUGCUGGCGGCGUGGCUGGGGCGGGGCGUGAACGGCUGGUGGGAUCUGCCGCCGCCUAAGCCUCAAGUCAUGCUGCACGCGCUGUUCAUCCCUGGCGAGGUGCACCCUCCCUGGAAGAAAGAAUACAUCCUGAAGGCCAGCGGCGCCUUCAACUUUGAGGUUUCGAAGGCCCUGCACGGCCAGCUGUUCCCGGCUGCCACGCCCGGGGCGCCGCUGCCGCGCGUGCUGGCCCUGCUGCCCGGCCUCAACCUGCCCAGUGAAACUGCGCUGGAGUAUAGGAACCAGCUGCUCCUGAUGGUGCGGCUGGCUGCCCGGGUGGGGCGCGUGCUGCUGCUGCCAGAGCCCGUCUGCAACUCUCCCUGGCUGGGGCCCGGCAACGAGAAGCCGAGGGUGCAGGGCCACCGCAAGAACGAUUACAACAUCGGCCUGCUGCUCACGUAUGGGCUAGAUGAUGACCAGCACUGCAUCUGGUGGCACGUCCUCGACUUUGGAUGCAUGCCGGGAAGGUACAUCCUGCACCCAGACUAUAGGGAGCUGGUGCGGCGCCUGCCAGAGGGCGCCGGCCAGCCCAGUGGCGACAACACGGUGCAGCUGGGGGGGCUGGAGCGGGCACAGGGGCAGGAGCAGGUGGAGGUGGAGGCGGCAGAGACCAAGGCGGAGGAAGGAGGCGGCGAGAAGCAGGCGCAGGAGGGGAGCCCAGCGGGCGCCCCGAAGCGCCGAAACCGCAGGCUUGCAGAGGACAGCGCCCCCAAGGAUCAGCAGCAGCAGCAGCAGCAGCAGCAGCAGCCCAAGGGCCCUAGCCUGGCGGCGACGGCGGAGGCGGCCAAGCAGAAGGAUGGCCCGCACAUCCUCUUCCUGGAUGCCAUCCCUGACCUCACGCCCGGCUCGUGGCCGGAGGAGGGCGAAGCAGACAAGGGGUGGAAGGACUGGGUUCAGCAGUGCAACUGGGCUCGGGAGGAUCCUCCAAAGCAGGACCGCCGCCGGCGGCUGGCCGAGCGGGAGCGGCACCAGCAAGGGGCGGCGCGACUGCGGCAGCAGCGGGACCAGGCGAUUACGAGUCUAGAGAGCUCUGGUGUCUGCAAGCGAAUGACAGCGCAUUCAGAGGCCAGCAGCAGGGUGGGCGCCCAUCUGCUCCGCCAUGGCGUGACCGCCGAGGUGCGGGCGGCGGCGGCGGCGUGGCUGGGCUCCGACGCGGGCCUGGCAGGGCGCGCCAUCUGCCAGCUGAGGAAGAAAGAGCUUCAGGAGAUGUUUCAGCGCGUGUAUGGUGCCACUACCUCCAGCUGCAACAACGACUGGCUGAGGGGCAAGCUGCUGCAAGCUGUGGGCCUGCCUGCCCGCUGGCGGCAAGAGGUAGAAGACCACACUGUGGAGGAUGGGGCUGAAAAGCAGCAGAGCAGCGGCGGCGGCGGCGCUGCGGCCCAGCAGCGCAGUCGCUCCCCAGGCAUGCGCCUCCGCCAGACGCCGGCCCGCCAGCGCCAGCGGGGCAGCGGUGGCAGCAGCGGCAGGGCCUCCACGGCCACUCAGGAAUCAGGCCAUCCGGGGUACCACAGGGGUGCUUUGGCUGCAGGUGCAGCGCCCCCUGCAGAUGCAGAGCGCGGCCGCAAGCGGGGGCGCGACGAGGAGGCGGCGCCAGGGGCAGCGGGGCCGCGUUUCGGCGGCGGCAGAGCAGCGGAGGCGCCCCCACCGCCGGUGGUGGUGCUAGUGAUGCAGCCUGGAGCCCAGCUGCCGCCGUGGGCCGCCACGGCCUUCAACGGCGGCGCCCUGAUGGCGCCCAGCCACGACCAGCUGCCGGCGGCAGCAAACAGCUGGCUGGCCGCCACGCAGCUGACGGCGUUUGGGCUGCCCUACGACCCAGUCGCUGCCUCCACGCCGCUGCCGCAGCAGCAGGUUGUGGUUUUGCGGCAGCAGCAGCAGGAGCAGGGCCCGCGAUGCCUGGCCUCGGCGGGGGCCAGCCGGUGGCAGCGCUGCUGCCCCACGCUGCCACCGCGGCAGCAGCGGCACAGCAGCGCGCUGCUGAGAGGGCAUGGACGGCUGCCGGAGGCCCGGCAGUGGCGGAAGCGCCGCCGCCGCCUGCCCCGGGGCGCGCAGUUCCCGCAGGAAAGCGUCAACCAGGGGGACCUGACCAGCCCAGCGCAGCAGCAGCCCAGGGCCACGCCUACCGCGCCACCGCCGCAGCCGCAGCGCCAGCCGGUCACCGGCAGCUGGGUGCGGCGGGUGGUGGCGGAAGUGAACGAAGCCGCCCCGCCGCUAGUGGUGGGGCGGCACACGCCAUCCCAUCGUGACGACGUGGCGGCGGCGCCGCUGCAGACGGCGCAGCGGCAGACGGCGCAGCAGCAGCAGGGCCAGCUGCAGCAGCAGAGCGGCGGUACGCGCAGCGGAGACGGCAGCGCGGUGCAGCACCCACCAGCCCGGCACCCGCUCGGACAACAGCAGCUGCAGCAGCCGCAGCAGCCCCAGCAAUCCACAGCCCUCAGGAUGUUCCACCUGGCGGCCAAGGGGGCGGCACAGGCACAGGGGCGCGCCAGCAGCCGGCACAGCGCUGCUGCUGCUGCUGCCGGGCAGCACCCCGCCCUCGCCCACCUGCCCGCGCCACGCGCAAUGCCCCAGCCCGCAGCCACCGCGCCGGCGCAGCUGGGCCUUCGCCAGCACCAGCACGCGCUGCCGCUGCUGCUGCCCCUGCCGCAGCUACCGCAGCCGCCACGGGUGCAGGCGAGCGUGAACCAGGCGGGACCUCCUGGCGCCAUGCCGCCGCCGCCGCCGCGGGCGCUGCGCUCGGCAGCCGGCGCCGCCGUGCUCUCCGCAGCUGGCCCCAGCUGGGACCGCCCCAGGCUGAUGGCGGGCGCUGUGGACGCCGCCCGUGCUGCCAUCUCCGGUGGUCGGCCCGAGACGGUGCUGCCGCUGCUGGUGCAGGCGGCGGCGCAGCGCGGGGCGGAGGAGGCGGGGCUGAGCCUGGAGCUGCUCUGCGCCCACCAAGCCAACUUUGAGGCCUUGAAUCCCGUCGCCAGGGGCUCGCGGGCUGUGUCCCUGCUGGAGCUGCUGCGCAGUGCCCCGUUUUCCCUGCUGGCGCGUUUCCUGAAGAACAUGUGCAAGAGCUACGGGGUGCGCGUGGCGGCGGUGGCGACGGCGCACUCGAGCGGCGGUGCACCGGCCUGA